AUGAGCGACCUCGCCGCGACCGCCAUCAUGGCCCUCGACAUCCUCCUGCGCCACAGCAUGUUCCGCCGCGACGACUUUAUCCCUGGCGCCGGCGGCCGCAAGUUCCUCAGCAAGCUCCAGGUCACGCCCCUCGGCGAGGGUGGGCAGCUCCUCGCCGGCCUGUUCCAGCGCGUCCCUCUCCCUAUCCGCACGCGUCGGUCCGCCCCACCGCAAUCGGCAUGGUCCUCAACGCCGACACGGCCUUCUCGCCCUACAUCGUCACGGGCAAGGUCCUCGAGGUCGCCAACGCCAUCCUCGGCCGCGGCUCGUCGUCGGGUCCGGCCGGCCGCGAUCGGCAUGGUCCUCAACGCCGACACGGCCUUCUCGCCCUACAUCGUCACGGGCAAGGUCCUCGAGGUCGCCAACGCCAUCCUCGGCCGCGGCUCGUCGUCGGGUCCGGCCGGCCGCGGUGGUCGCGGCGGCGCGAGGGGCGGUCGUGGCGGCGGCAGGGGCGGCGGCGGGUUCGGCGGCUCGGGCGGCCCUCCUGUCGCGACGCCGUUCACCGAUGCCGAGCUGCACCAGCUCAAGCGCAAGCUCAAGGGCGCCAAGGUGCGCGUCACGCACCGCGCCGACCGCCACAUCUUUGCCAUCGUCGGCUUUGGCCAGCCCGCCGGCCGCCACCAGGUGUCGAUCGCCGACCGCUCCAAGAAGGGCCCCAAGGGCGCGCCCAAGACGACGGCCAAGGAGGCGGCCCAGCUCGCCGCCAAGGGCGAGCCGCUGCCCGAGCGCGAGAAGACGCCGGUCCAGUCGACGACGAUGACGGUCGCCGACUACUUCCUCAAGACCUACAAGAAGAACGUCGACAAGGCGCUCCAGUGCGUCGAGCUGCGCGGCGGCAUGUUCGUCCCGAUCGACUGCCUCGAGCUCGUGCACGGCACCGUCAUCCCGCCGACCAAGCUCACGGCCAACCAGGCGGCCAACAUGAUCAACGUCUCGGCCAAGCCGCCCGCCGAGCGCCGCGCCGCCAUCGAGGCCAUCCGCAAGGACGCCGACUUUGGCCCGACGUCGAGCGCCGCCGCGUGGGGCCUCGAGGUCGACGCCCAGAUGCUCAAGCUCACGGGCCGCGUCCUGCCGCCGCCCCAGGUCAUGUACCACGCCUCGUCGCAGAAGGCCAAGCCGUCGGUCGCGUUCGGCGCGUGGAACCUCACGGCGUCCAAGUUCCUCGUUCCCGGCGCCGCGCUCCAGCACUGGGGCAUCGUCGUCUACGCGCCGCCGAACCAGGCGCCGCCGCAGGCCCAGAUCAAGUGGUUCUUCGACCUCCUGAUGAAGCAGGCCAAGCUGCGCGGCAUGCGCAUCACGGACGACACGCCCAAGACGCUCCAGUACUGGGACGGGCGCGAGGACCUCGUCUCGCCGUUCAAGAAGGCCUGCAACGCCAUCAUCAUGAACAACCCCAAGAACCCCAAGGGCGUCCCGCCGCAGAUGGUCUUCUGCCUGCUCGCCGACCCGAAGAAGUACGACGAGAUCAAGCGCAAGGCGGCGUUCGACCUGCCCGUCGCCGUCCCGACCCAGGUCCUCCUCAUCAAGAAGGCGUUCAACGAGCGCGGCGUCGACCAGUACUGCGGCAACGUCUGCCUCAAGCUCAACGCCAAGCUCGGCGGCGUCAACUCGACCAUCGCGCCGGGCGACCUUCCCGGCUUCACGGCGGGCAAGACGCUCAUCCUCGGCGCCGACGUCACGCACCCGACCGGCUUCGGCACCCCGCUCGCCGGCAGCGACGACGUCGCGCCCUCGAUUGCCGCCGUCGUCGGCGCCGUCGACUCGGCCGACAUGCAGUACGCGGCGCAGGUGCGCGAGCAGGCGGGCCGCAAGGAGUUCAUCACCGACCUCGAGGACAUGUGCGUCCAGCUCGUCAAGAAGUACCUCGUCAACGCCAAGGGCGUCAAGCCGACCAAGAUCAUCUUCUUCCGCGACGGCGUCUCGGAAGGCCAGUUCGCGCCGGUCGUGCACGAGGAGGUGACGCAGCUCAAAGCGCGCGUUCAGGGCGAUCGACCCCAAGUGGAACCCGGCGCUCACGUUCGUCGUGUGCCAGAAGCGCCACCACGUGCGCUUCUUUGCCGCCAACGCGGGCGACGGCGACCGCACGGGCAACCUGCCUCCUGGCCUCGUCGUCGACUCGACCGUGACGCACCCGUACGCGUUCGACUGGUACGGCCAGGCGCACUGCGGCCUCAAGGGCACGGCCAAGCCGACCCGGUACAUUGUCCUCCUCGACGAGUCGGCGCACACGUCCGACCAGCUGCAGAAGCUCGUCAACUCGCUCUGCUUCUCGUUCGCCCGCGCCACGCGCUCCGUCUCGCUCGUCCCGGUUGCCUACUACGCCGACAUCGUCGCCGCCAAGGCCCGCUCGUUCGUCACCGACGACGACGCGUCGACCGUCUCGUCCGGGUCGUCCAAGGCUCGCCAGCGCGGCCCCAAGGGCAUCCAGGACAAGCUCGACCGCGUGUUCAAGACCGAGAUGCCCCUCGGGCAGACCAUGUGGUUCAUCUGAACCCCGUCGUCGUCGUCGUCGGGCUUGAGGAGGAGGUCGUCGGGCUUGAGCAGGAGGAGGUCGUCGUCGCGCUUUCAUCGUUCCCAAGUGCCGUGCUUUUCGUUGUAGUCUUUCUCGCAACCUCGUUCCUCUCUCA